AUGUGGAACUACUACAAUGACAAAACCAUCUUCAUCACGGGAGGAACUGGCUUCCUGGGCACUGCCAUUGUAUAUCGCUUGCUCACGCAAACUUCCGGGUGUCACAUAUAUAUGCUUUGCAGGGGAGGUAUAGGCAAACUCCGAUCAAAAUGGACAGAAUCUCUAUCAUCGGCAAUAGUCGAAAGACUCCUUAGCACCAAUCGCAUCACCGCCAUGAAUGGUGACAUUCUCUCACCCGACCUCGGGCUUUCCCAAAACGAGUUGAACACACUUCGCCAAGAGGUCAAUGUUGUCAUUCACUCGGCCUCCUCUAUAAACCUUGCGAAGCCCCUCAGUGGACUAUCAGAUGUGAUUAUCGGAGCCAGUGAAAGAAUAGCAGGCAUUGCUCUGACCUGUCCAAAUUUGGAUCGCUUUGUUUACCUCUCGACUGGAUAUUGCAAUUCCCACCUACCUCCCACCGGUGACGGCAUCAAAGUCGAGCUCAAAGAAGACAUAUAUGAUCCCAACCCUCAUCCAAACGCAAACGUCAUGAAAGAGUGGGCACAAGUGCAAGAGAGCGGUACCAGCGAUGCGUAUAAAGCCCACGACUUCCCAUGGUCCUACGCAUACGCAAAGAACCUGACAGAGCGACUUCUUCUCUAUCAGUUCGCUGAGAGCGGUGUCAAGGACAAGCUGCUUAUCGUGCGCCCUUCUACCAUCGGACCGGCCCAGAAUUUUCCAUAUCCUGGGUACAACGUGCCACUAUCAAGUCCACUGACAACGGUUGCUGCUAUAAUUGCACUGAGCCCUGCUGGCAUGGUUACUGUUGCAACGAAAGCAGUAGAAAAAGCUUCUCAGGCAUUUAUUGACGAGGUUCCAGUCGACGUAGUUGCUGAUCGUGUGCUCGUCCAUUUGGUUAUUGGAACCAAUGGUUGCGUUCAUGCAGUCGUUGGAAAGCGAGGACAGCAUCUAUUGGCAGAUUGGUGGAAGUCGGCACUUUCGCUACGUCGCUUGCCUGGAAAACUUGAAUUAAAUUGGAAAAAGCUGGACUGGAAGUCCAAUGAACAGCAUCCCCUGCCUCGGUUUUAUGUAGUCUUUGGCUUUCCUUUCGAGUUUCAUGACGAUAAAACUGUUGCUCUUAUCGGGCAUCCCUUAGUGGAAAGCUGUAAAGGACUGCAACUGUUCACGGAAAGCAAUUUUGGAAAGCGGUGGCAAAGUCGAGCGAAAGGCAUCUACUCUGUGAUGAACAUUAUUGCUAAGCGUGAUGAGAAGGCACGACAAAGCAUCAAACUCUACUAUCAAGAUUUUAUGAAGGCCAAACUCUAG